GUAUUGAAGUCUGUAUCCGGUUUCAGGAAUGUGCCACCUGUAGGUGAAAGUAUGUCGGAUUGAUGGGUGGAGCUUGUCCUGAUAAAGUCAGGGAGGAGUUGUCCUUCAGUAGUCUAUGUUAUUUCCUGGUGUCUUUAAAUGAAGUUUCAGCAGCUGAAACCACACUGCCAGAUCCAACAUGGUCCGUAAGAUGAUGUUUUUGGGGCUCUUACAUGUGAUGCUGGUGGCGUUUGACACUUACACAGCCGAGGAAUGUUUGCAGAUGACAGACCUUGAUCUUAAACACUCCAUUGCCGGAACGGCUGUGGAUGUCCGAUUGCUGCUUUACACGCGGGCCAAUGUCACCUGCGGUCAGCUGCUCUCUCAUGAAAACCCUUUCAACAAUCCUCACUUUGACCCCAUCCGCCCCACCACCUUCCUCAUACACGGGUACCGGCCCACCGGCUCGCCCCCGGUCUGGCUGUACAAGUUUGUGGAGUUUAUUCUGAUGCGCAGUGAUGUGAACGCCAUCGUGGUGGAUUGGAACCGCGGUGCAACCAACGUCAACUAUCUGAGAGUGGUGAGAAACACACGUGUGGUGGCAAAGCAGCUUACAGACCUCAUCAAUAAAAUGAAGGGAAACGGGACCGUCCUCAGUUCCAUACACCUGAUUGGUGUUAGUCUGGGAGCCCAUAUUUCAGGUUUUAUUGGGGCCAAUUUUAAUGGUGAAAUUGGCAGGAUAACAGCAUUGGAUCCAGCAGGGCCACAGUUUAAUCAUAAGCCAAUCAGUGAUCGUCUCGACCCAUCUGAUGCCAAGUUUGUGGAGGCUCUACACACAGAUAUGGAUGCAUUAGGUUACAGGAAUCUGCUGGGUCACAUUGAUUACUAUGCAAAUGGUGGAGCGGAUCAGCCAGGAUGUCCCAAAACCAUCUUUUCAGGAUCAGGAUAUUUCAAGUGUGACCACCAAAGGUCAGUGUUUCUUUAUAUGAGCUCUAUAAAUGGUUCCUGUCCCAUCAUUGCCUACCCUUGUGACUCCUACACAGACUUCCUGGAUGGGAAGUGCAUGGAUUGUAGGAAGUUUGGCUUUGACGAAUGCCCUGUUUUUGGUUUUGAUUCUAUCAACUGGAAAGAGUCCCUGGUGAAGUACAACCAAACGCGGACAUAUUUCCAAACAAAUGCCGCCUCUCCGUAUUGCAGGUUCGGUUACAAGGUUGAUAUUGUGAUAUGGAACCAGAAAACACAUUGGGGUUAUUUAACAAUUAAAUUACAAGAUGGAAAUGAAGAAUCACAAGUUGAACUCAAGCAUAAGGCCUUUAUGUUUGAAACAUUUGUGGAGACCAGUCUUCAUGCUCAGUUUGAUCGAGAGAUCCAGUCUGUUAAACAGAUCACUGUGAAGUAUCGUACAGCGAAAGCACUCUGUCCAAAAAACAAACUUCGGAUACUUCGCAUACGUCUCACUCCUCUACAGAGCAAGCUUAGGCCUCUGUGUCGCUAUGAUCUUCUUUUGGAAGAGAAUAAAGAUGUGACCUUCAGACCGAUUCCUUGUGAAGACUCAAACUUCUGAUCCACAUACAACAGUGUAGAUGUGUGAAGACCAUGUAUUCGCAUGACACACAUGUUUUUUUGAUACUUUUAUAGUUUUUAACUUAAAAGUGUUCAUUUUUUUAGGGUCAUGUCUUCAGAUUUAUACUUUGUAUUCAUGUUUUGUGUUUUAUUUUGUUAAUGAAAAUACAGAAGAGAUGCUUUUUUAUGUAAUGCAAAUAAAUAUUUUUGUAAAUAUA